AGUGAAAACAACGACAUUUGUCAAUUUAGCAUUCCCACUUCCCAUCUCUACUCUUAUCACUACGCCAAAUGGCAAUUCUGAGCGUCUCGCCCUUCACCUCCACUCCCAAGCCAUUGCCGUCCCCUCUCUCUGUUAAACCCCAGCUCUCAAGAACAAGCUAUCCCUUUCCUUGUCAAUGUUCCCUUUUGAGCGAUCCGCAAAGGGAACACUUCCCCGGUUUGAAGAAACUCGAAUCUGCUGGCAACCUGUUCUCAUCUAUCGGAGAAUCGUUAUCUAGAGCAGGCUUGCUAGCUAUUUUUUCUGCUUCUCUGGUCCUCGUUGAUCCCGCUCUCGCUUUUAAGGGAGGAGGUCCAUAUGGUGCUGAAGUUACAAGGGGUCAGGACCUCACAGGGAGAGAUUUUAGCGGAAAGACUUUGAUCAAGCAAGACUUUAAAACGUCUAUACUACGACAAGCCAAUUUUAAGGGUGCAAAGUUGUUGGGUGCGAGCUUCUUUGAUGCUGAUUUAACAGGAGCUGAUCUUUCUGAUGCUGAUCUCAGAGGUGUGGACUUCUCAUUGGCAAAUGUAACAAAGGUGAAUUUGAGCAAUGCAAACCUGGAAGGUGCACUUGCUACAGGCAACACAUCCUUCAAGGGGUCCGUCAUAACUGGAGCAGAUCAUCAGUCAAGGAUCAACUUGUGUGAGGGCUCGGUCCCAACCUGCAAUUUCAAAAUAAUAUGGCCUUUUAAGAGUAUUGGUAGACUGUACAUUAUAUGGACAGCCAGAGAUUGGAAGCAACUUCCUGUAGUCCCUGUAUCCAGUGCCAUAGUGCAAUUAUGCUGCAUUAGCAUCAAGGCUAACUUUAUUCUUCUAGUUGUUUUGGUGUUGGAUUUUAAGUUAUUUUCUAUGUGGCACAUCAUAGGUCUAAAUUAUGUUGGGAUGUGGGACCCAGGCUCCCUUCAAAUAUUAAAUUUUCAGGCAAAAUAAGUUGGUCACAUGGAAAAAUAAAGCUUGAGGAUCUUUUGGUAAA